AUGUGGCAUGGCACCAUUUUACAUCUCUCUUAUGUGGACAUUUAUAGAGAUCUCCACGAGCCUGCUCUCGUAAUCGGAGGUUGCUUUGUCUUGGUAGCAUUGAUCCUCUCUCUUCUCUUAAUUUUUCAGCAUCUCAGAUACUAUACCAAUCCAGCAGAACAAAAAUGGAUCGUGGGGGUCCUCUUCAUGGUUCCUGUCUAUGCAACUGAAUCAAUUUUAUCCUUGUGGAACCCAAAAUUAUCCCUUGCCUGUGACAUUUUGAGGAACUGUUAUGAAGCAUUUGCACUCUAUUCUUUUGGAAGUUACUUGAUCGCUUGCCUGGGGGGUGAGCGACAGGUCAUUGCACUGCUCGAAGAUGAAUCGAGGAAACAAAUCAGCCAGUCAUUGCUAGGAGGAGAGGAGAAACCUGUGACACAAAAAAGGACGUUGUAUAACUUCAUUUGUCACCCAUAUGUCGUGGGGAAGAACUUGUUUACUAUAGAAAAAUUUGGUCUUGUACAAUAUAUGAUUUUGAAGACAGCAUGUGCAUUCCUAGCUCUCAUUAUGGAGAUCUUUGGGGUAUAUGGUGAUGGAGAGUUCAAGUGGCACUAUGGAUAUCCUUAUAUCACUGUGGUACUAAACUUCAGCCAGAUGUGGGCGCUAUAUUGUCUCGUCCAAUUUUAUAACGUGACUCACCAUAAACUCCAGUCGAUCAAACCACUAGCAAAAUUUAUUAGCUUCAAGGCCAUUGUUUUUGCAACUUGGUGGCAAGGGGUGGGUAUCGCCUUGUUGUGUUAUUUAAGAGUGCUUCCAAGAGAAGGAAAGUUCAAGACUGGAUUGCAAGAUUUUCUGAUCUGCAUAGAGAUGGCUAUUGCUGCUAUUGCUCAUGUUUUUGUCUUCUCUGCGAAACCUUAUCACUUCGUGCCAACAUCUGUAUACGAAGAGAUUACUGCCCAAAAAGCAGAAACAACUUUGCAUACAGAAGAUGGAGAGAAAUCAGCUGUAGUUGAAAAUGUAGAAGCUAAGUUUGAGGUUCCAGGAACAAGUGUCACAGAAAGUGUUCAGGACAUUGUUCUUGAAGGAGGUCAAAAAGUUGUGAAGGAUGUGGUUUUGACAAUAAACCAGGCGAUCGAACCAGUAGAGAAGGGUAUGACAAAGAUCCAAGAGACUUUCCACCAAACAUCAGUCGAUGACGAGAAAGAAGAAAAGCAAGAGACAGAAAUAAAGAUUGAGGAAGAAGAAGAGAAUUUAACAGGAGAAAACAGAUUUAAACAAGAGACAGAAAUAAAGAGAACAGAAUUUAACAAGAGAUAACAGAUCUCAGGUGUUUGUAUCGCGAGAUAACGGGCUGAUAACUUGAACUGGUACAGUACAAAUGUUAUGUCAAACGAGUUGAAAGACAAAAGAUUGUCAUUGAAGUAUUCAAA